AUGAGACAGCGAAAUGAAACCCAAUUUCUGUAAGAAAGAAAAUUAGUUUAAGAGGGUGCUCGCACAAGACAAACGAGCAUCCUCCACAUCAUCACCCUUUUUCUGAACAGCAGCUCUUGUCCUGUCACGAGCACUAACUGCUCUUUCCGCACAAGUCAGUUUAAUGGUAUGCAGCAAAUUUGCAUUAAGAAAGGGAAAUAUGUGGGCUCUCCCGAUUUGCGCCGUGCUUUUGGUAUAAAAUUUUGUGGGGAUGGACAGUGACUCGAUGUAUCCUUCAAUGGCCGGUGUUCUCUCUGAGCAACAUUUUAGAUUCAGAAAUUGCCUUUCUUUCUUAGAUGGUCCUUGACGUGUCUGCGAUUUGAUGCAUUUUUAUAACCUCCCGGCUUUCUGGGGGCUUCACUUUGGUGCCCAAGGAAGCAAAGCGUACGCUACUUUGUCUGCUUGCAUGUGCAGUUGAGUCGUGUUUGCUUUAGGAUCAGUCUCGCGGGGUUCAUCCCAACUGAUAAUGUGAAGCAGCCAAGUGGUGGAACUUCAUUUGCUGUUUUGCAGACUGGCGUUUCCUAGUCCUGUCUGAAGGUGGUUAGGGUGUUUGGUUUGGUCGCCUGUGUUGGUUGUACGGGUGUUCCGUUGCCUAGCAAGUGAAGGAUUUCUUUCUUUCGCUCCCUAUCUUGGUAUUUAUUUGUCAAUCUGUGUUACUUGUAAAACUCAGAAGGAAAACAAAGUAAACAGAGGCUCUGUGUUGCUGUAUUCUGUGAAAAGCUUGAACCGGUAUUCUUUGGAAUUGAUAUACUUGAUCAGUUGUUCUGCCAAAGCGGUGGAUAUUGUUGGUAGCUUGGCUGUAUUGGAUUUGAUCUUGAAGGGAUCCUGUUGUAACAGAACCAAUGUCAACUAGUAUAGCCUUGCUAGCAGAUGGGGUUUAUGGUCCUUGUUCUCGUCGUCAAGUCUUGAGCAGAUUUUGUGUAGUGGGUGGAAUAUCAGAAUCAACUUCUUCAGACAAAGGGCGGAUUAGAAGAUUGAGGACGCGAGCCGUGGUUAGUAGCGAACCAAUUGGUGUAACUUCUGAGUCUGUUAUCAAGAAAGAAGAGAUUCUUGUUCCUAAGAUUGUUGAGCGUGGGAGUUCCGAUGGGAAGUACUCAAUUGUCGAGACAAGUGCAGGCAGCAGGGAGACAACGUUAUUAAUAGAUGACACUUGCUAUAAAACUGAUUCUGUGAAAGAUUAUCUCGACUUUUCAAAGGAUUUGGUCCGGCCGGAUGGUGGUCCGAUUCGUUGGUUUUGUCCGGUUGAAUGCGGGGAUCAUGUGAAGGACGCUCCUCUGCUUCUUUUUUUGCCCGGAACUGAUGGCACUGGCCUAGGACUUAUUACACAUCACAGGGCCCUUGGAAGGAUGUUUGAAGUUAGAUGUAUGCACAUUCCAAUCUUUGAUCGGACACCUUUUGAAGGACUGGUGAAGUUUGUCGAAGAAAUGGUUCAAUCCGAAUACAAGUUGUGUCCUAACAAACCUAUUUAUCUUGUUGGCGAUUCUUUUGGAGGAUGCUUGGCUCUAGCUGUUGCAGCUCGUAAUCCUACUAUCGAUCUUGUACUGAUAUUGUCAAAUCCAGCCACAAGCUUUCCUAAGUCGCCAUUAUGGCCUUUCCUCCCUUUGUUAGAGUCUAUUCCUGACCAGCUUCACAUUGCAGUUCCUUACCUUUUGAGCAUGGUAAUGGGUGACCCAGUAAAGAUGGCCUUGGUUGAUGUUGAAGAACAGCUUCCCUUUCUGGACUCUAUAAAUCAACUGUCAGAAAAUUUGGUUUCUUUGCUGCCACGUCUUUCUGUUUUGGCAGAUAUAAUUCCCAAGGAAACUUUGCUUUGGAAGUUGAAGCUGCUUAAAUCAGCUUCAUCUUAUACAAAUUCUCGUCUUCAUGCUGUGAAAGCUGAUGUAUUGGUUCUUGCCAGUGGUAAGGAUAACCUUUUACCUAGUCGAGACGAAGCAGAGAGACUCUGGCAUAUAUUACCAGAUUGCAAGGUUCGCUACUUCAAGGACAAUGGCCACACGCUUCUAAUGGAAGAUGGCAUUCAUUUGGCAACCAUUAUUAAGAGUACUUCUAUGUAUCGGCGAUCACGAAGGUUUGAUUAUGUCAUGGACUAUCUUCCUCCUACUUUAAGUGAAUUCAGGAAGGUUUAUGAUGGAGAUUAUGGAUGGUUUCAGCAAGCUAUCAGUCCUGUGAUGCUGUCAACGUUGAAGGAUGGAAGUAUAGUUCGCAGUCUUGCUGGGAUUCCUGAAGAGGGUCCUGUUUUGCUAGUUGGCUAUCACAUGUUGAUGGGGCUUGAAAUGUAUUCUCUUGUUGGGGAAUUUUUGAGACAGAAAAAUGUUCUUGUUCGAGGACUUGCUCAUCCGACGCUGUUCUCAAGAAAAAUGGAAAAUGCACGGACAGAGCCAUCUUCAGUUGAGAACAUUAAGCUUUUUGGUGCUGUGCCUGUCACUCCAACAAAUUUUUUUAGGCUUCUUUCAACAAAGUCAUUUGUUCUUCUCUAUCCUGGGGGUGCACGUGAAGCUCUUCAUCGAAAGGGUGAAGCUUAUAAGCUCUUUUGGCCUGAACAAUCAGAGUUUGUAAGAAUGGCUGCUCGGUUUAGAGCUACUAUUGUGCCAUUUGCAGCUGUUGGUGAAGACGAUGUUGCAGAGCUAGUUAUUGAUUACAACGACCAGAUGAGCUUUCCUGUAACUAAGCAAUGGAUUGAAGAGUUUAAUGAAAAUGCCAUAAAAAUAAGGGCUGGUGCCUCUGGGGAGGUUGAAAAUGAAGCCCUUCACUUGCCUGGCCUAUUGCCAAAAGUACCAGGGCGGUUUUACUAUUUCUUUGGGAAGCCUAUUGAAACCAGCACAGGUUUGACGGACAAAGAGGAAGCACAUUCUUUGUACCUGCACAUAAAAUCAGAUGUUGAGCGCAUGUUUGAAUAUCUAAUAAAGAAAAGAGACGAGGACCCCUAUAGAAGCAUUGUACAGAGAUCCAUAUUUCAGGCGACAUGGGGAAGUGACCGGGAGAUCCCUACGUUUGAAUUGUGAUAGCGUGAGCAGAAGCCGGUCGUGUUGUUUGUUGUAUAAUAUGUCACAUGGAAACGUAAUUCAAAUUCUUUUAUAUCAUGGCUAUUUUUAUUUC